UCUGCUGUAUAUUUUGAACGGCGGAAGAACGGUCACACUGAGUGUCGUCUUGCGGAAAAUAUCAUAACAAUCUAAUUCCCCGACAAUAUGUGGUUCGAAAUCCUACCUGGUGCCGUGAUCAUCACCACUCUUCUGUCGGUGCCCAUAUACGCCAUGUACGGCCUGGAUAAGCUGACAAUUGGCAAUGCUUUCCGGCGCAACAUGGACGAGCGUUUCAGCCGAGUGAUGUACCAGCGCGAUUUCCGAUUGACCGACAAUCCCUACAAGAUGAACGGACUUGAACAAAUUCCUGAUGAAGAAGAAAAGGUGGAGGAAAGGGAUCCUGAUGAGGGCAAUACAGAUCCGGCAUUCUUGAAGAAGAAGGAAAAAGAGCGCAAGCUAAGAGAAAAACAGCUGAAGGCGGAGGAAAAACAAAUGGAAAAGCAACGAAAGGAGGAGGAAAAGAUGAGGAAGAAGCAGCUGAAGGAAGAGAAGUAGACGAAAAAUUAAUAUAAAUAAAAACAAACAUUUCGGUUGUGCAGUAGCUUCCAAACUCGAAUAAAAGACUCUCCGGCCGCCUUUGCCGCGCAUUUAA